GUUUAGGAAACUGCCAACGCGACUCCCGGAAGCAACGUAAAUCCCAACGUACGCGCUGACGUACUUUACGUUACGUCAGAAAUGGCCUAAAAGUGAGUGAAGUCGUGCGCUCAGGAGAACGAAACCAGGAGAGGACUCCACAUUAGAUUUACUGCAUACUGAAUAAUCAGCUCAGUAGCCGAUGUCGGUAUGUUUCCCACAUUGUCCAACGAGGACAGUAAGGAGGACGCACAUGAGUGUCCAGUGUGUUAUGAGAGCCUCUCGGGCAGUGAGAGGACGCUGAGCUGUGGACAUGUUUUCUGCCACGACUGUCUGGUCAAAACGUUGGUCAGCAUCAACACCGCCGGGAACAUCAGAGACACGAUCGCGUGUCCUGUGUGCCGUCAUCUGACAUUCAUCAAGAAACAAACGGAAUCGCUGGUUUCCGUGGCGGUGAACAAAGACACACACGAGGCGCAGACCCUGGAGGUUCCUCUCCCUCUGGCACUGGAGCAGGUCCAGAGCGCACGACGCACCCCCAGAUACACUUUGCCACCGGGACUGAACUGGAUCACUCGUUUCUUCGCGAACAUCGCUGAUCGUGUGCGCAGACAGAGGCUGGUCAGCCCCGACCACAAUGCAUCUCAGAUCUUUAUCAUAAGCGCUGAAGGGAGACCCAUGGUUGAAGAUGACGCGCUCAGUGUUGUGAUGACUGUGGUUCAACCUCAGCGCAGGCGACGGCGCAGGGUCUGCACAACUGCACGGUGUCUGCUCGUCCUGCUCUCCGCCUUCACUCUUCUCGCACUGGUGGCUGCAACUCUACCCUGGAUUUUAUUGGCAUAAGUGAAGCAAAACGUGCAAUCUGGAUUAUGAAGUGCCAAUAUAAAAUAGUGAACAAUGAACUGAUAUAUUUUCUUUUUCAUCACAUAUGCAAUGAAGUGUGUGGCAAAGCUGAUUUGUCAUAUUGAUCAAACUAGUCUGAUCAUUUCGAUGUGCAAUCAGUUGCGAAUGUAAUCAGGUGAUUUUCAUUUCCCUUCCUGAGUUAAAGGAAAAGUCAGGGAGUUUACAGACAUACCCACCUCCUUUAUGUGCAUUACCAAGCAACAGUCUAAGGUGAAGUUUAGGAAAGCCUUGACAACCAAGUCUUUGUUCUGAAUUCCUUUCUGCAACAAGUUUGACCUGUUUCAUAACUGUAGCAACUCCUGAACACAUAUCCAAACGUUGCAGGGAUGUUAGAUAUUUAAACAAUUUAAAGAUCCAAACAAAAACAAUUAUCAUCAGAAUCAGCUUGUAGUUUGAUGAUUGGUUUCCAAGCAGCAGACUUUAUUGGGAAACAACUGCACAAAAUAGACCUAUACUGCAUCUACGCCACUGUCAGUGUUACUUUGUGUGUCCACAUAUGUCGUCCGAAAAAGGGAGUUUGCAGAUUGGUAUGAAGAUCUUUGAUCUGUAGGAGUAAUGUGUGAUAAUAGUAAUAAAUAAAAAAAACACUUUAAAACAU